AUGACUCCAAUAAUUUUUAUUUUCCUAAUAACGAUAGUGGUGGCAAUAGUAUUUGCCGCAGCAGCCCACAUCCUACCAAAACGAUCUAAAGACAGGGAAAAGACCUCUCCCUACGAGUGCGGAUUUGACCCACUAAACUCAGCCCGAUUACCUUUUUCAUUCCGAUUUUUUCUUGUUGCGAUCCUUUUCUUGCUGUUCGACUUAGAAAUAGCCCUAUUAUUUCCCCUCCCCGCAGCAAAAUCCUCCACCCACCCCUCUAUUUUAAUACCUAUCUCCCUAAUCUUUAUGAUUAUCCUAGCCUUAGGCCUAGUAUUUGAAUGGAUAAAAGGAGGAUUAGAGUGAGCAGAAUAA